AUGACUGACGUCCAGAUUGACAGUUCCUGCUUGCCCCCCGUCCAGGAAGUUUGCCGAGAUUUCGCUGUCCUGGAAGACGGUGCGUUGGCCUAUUGUCUACAAGAACAAGAGAUCGAACUGCACUACGCUUCCAACAUUCAGAAGAACCAGCUGGUCCAGAAUGACCUCCGAAUGGCCAAGAGGCUUCAAAACCUGGAGGUGGAAGCUCAGAAGCUUCAGGAUAGCAGGCCACCACCGAAAGAAAGCCCAGAGGGAGAUCCUAAAAACGCCCAGGAAGACCUUCAGAUGAAAGCAGGAAAGGAUGAUCGGAAGAAGGCAAAAGAUAAGGAGAGAGUCAAGCGGUUCCAUAACCUGGAAAAGGACGAGAGCGGUCAGCCGAAGCAAAGGCCCUCGCGUGGGACAAGAGAUGGCAUCCCUGAAGCCCUGCACUGGGAGAUGGCCAGGCUGGAGCUCCAGAUCCAACAGCAGUUCCAGGAAGACGAGGAGCUGGCCCGGAAGCUGCAGGAGGAGGAAGAGGAGGAACAAACACGGAUGAGAGCCAGGAGGAACCGGGAGCAAGAUGACGAUUACCGGGCGGCUCAGGUAGCCCAGGAUGAGGAAAUUGCACGCUACCUGCAGGACAAGGAGCUCCAGACCCAGUGGGGGUCCCCACGCCAGGAAAGGCAGCAGGCCGAGCCCCCUGGGCUGCCCGAAAGACAGAGCCACUGCAACACAGAGAAGGACUCCUGGCUGUGUGGGGGGCGAAGUCCAGCCCUGCUGAGAAUCCAGACCCAGGAGGACACCAAGGGGACGAUGAAAAUCAUCUCCGGGGAGAAGAAGCCCCAGUUUUGCCAAAAUAUCGCUGAAGUUCUGGAUCCAACUUUUCAAGCCACUAAAAUGGGAACAUCUUCGGAUGCGAUGGAUCUGCGUUCAAAAGCCCCCAGCCCAGGACCCCUGGCCCAGACGGACAGCAGCUCCUUCGACUACCCGCAGGGGGUGGCAGCCCCCGUCUUUGUCUCCCCGACCAAACGACAGCCAGACAAGGUGGGCUGCCCCAAAUCCAGCAACAAAAAAGAUGGCUGCCGGCAGCAGUGAGCCUCCGGGCGAAGGUCCCUGCUGGCUCUGAGGCUUUCCCCCCCUCCAACGUUUUACUGGCUGGGUUUCUAUCUCAA